UAAAAAUUUUUGUGAAUACUUGUUCGACGUCUUGUGCCGAGCUGUACCUAUUUUCGGCAAAACACACUCAUUCAUUUGGCCCAAUCAGCACUUUGCGGAUAUCAUCGAUCAUUGUUCUAUUUAUGGAACUUAAAUCCUACGCCUGAAGCAGAAGAGGCCGAUACACAGACACACAUCCUCUACUUGGGAGAUUGCGCUCCCGCUCUUGCAAAGCAAACUACUACUUUACACUACUUGGCGACGGGCUUGAAAUUUCUUAUUUCGUCGUUGGCAACUCUGGCCGAGCGAAUCUCCGGGUGCAGCAGCAGCUCAGCACACGGCCGACGAGAUGAUUGGAGCCGAGCCGGCUGUGGCCGUGUACGCCGAACGAUUUUCGUGGCAGGACUACCUCGUGUUCGGCAUGAUGCUGUUGCUCUCGGCCGGCGUCGGCGUCUAUCACGGCUUCUUUGGCCAUCAGCAAAAGUCGACGACUGAGUACCUGCUUGGCGGCAGGAACCUUCGAGCUUUUCCUGUCGCCAUGUCCCUCGUCGCCAGUUACAUCUCUGGCGUGACGGUCUUAGGCACACCAGCCGACAUCUACAAGUACGGCUCUCAAUACUGGAUUAUCGUGGUGGGCAUCGCGUUCAUGGGCGUCACAGUCGCCACGGUCUUUUUGCCAGUGUUCUGCACACUUCAGAUCAAGUCCUCAUAUGAAUACCUGGAGAUGAGGUUUGACAGAAAAGUGAGAACGUUUGCCUCAUUGCUAUUUGUCUUUGAUGAGAUUGUAUUUCUGCCAAUAGUGAUCUAUGUGCCAUCGCUUGCUUUCAGUCAAGUGACCGGAGUUGGAAUCUAUCAGAUUGGUGUGGUUGUUUGCGCCGUCUGCAUAUUUUACACCGUUUUGGGUGGCUUGAGGGCUGUGGUGUGGACAGACACGUUGCAAAUCAUUCUCAUGUUCGCGUCAGUUUUGGUGGUCGUCUCGUUGGGCACCGUUUACAUUGGCGGCUUCUCAGAAGUCUGGGGCCGCUGCCAGGAGGGCCAGAGAUUGGAAAUUUUCAAUUUCAAUCCAAAUCCACUUGAGAGGCACACCGUCUGGAGUUUGGUCAUUGGUGGAUAUUUUUACUGGACCUCGUUCAACGCAGUUAACCAAACCAUGGUGCAACGCUAUCUUUCUCUUCCAACACUCAAGCAAGCCCAGAUAGCCAUUGGAAUCUUCACAGUUGGUAUCAUAGGCAUAGUGACUAUCUGCUGCUAUACUGGCCUGCUCAUCUACGCCACCUACCACAAAUGUGAUCCACUGUUGUCCGAGCAAAUCUCUGACUAUGACCAGUUGUUGCCGCACUUCAUGAUGCAGACUGUGGGCCAGCUGAAGGGCUUGCCGGGACUCUUCAUGGCCGGAAUUUUCAGCGCGGCCCUCAGCUCGCUCUCAACGAUUCUGAAUUCUCUGCCAUCUGUGAUUUUGGAGGACUUCCUCUUCAGCUGUUGCAGCCUGAAGCUAUCUGAGAGGUGGGAGCAAAUCGUUGCCAAGGGGCUGGUACUCUUUUUCGGAAUUUUGGCUGUUGCCUGCCUUUUUAUUGUUGAGCCACUUGAAGGAAUACUGGAGGUGACAACGAGUUUGACAGCUAUUGCUGCAGGAACUUCAUUUGGAAUGUUUGCGCUUGGCAUGCUCUUUCCUAUCGCAAAUGGAACGGGAGCUCUUUGCGGGGCUAUUGCCUCUUCUUUGCUGGUCGGCUGGCUCUCUCUCGGCGCUCACUUUGCCUCACUUAAUGGAUUUUCAAGGCCGAUUCUUCCAGUUAACACAGAGGGAUGUGAUAGCCUAAACGUAACUCUAGCCUAUACAACCUCAUUCGGCAAUGACGAUGUGUUCCCGCUGUACAAACUUUCGUACCUGUGGCUGGCACCGAUCGGCGUGACCACCGUGGUCAGUGUCGGCCUUCUAGUCUCAUGGCUGACGGGCACGGAGGACGUGCAACUUGCCAACCCUGACUUGUUCUCUCCCGUGAUAAUGAGAUUCGUCCCAAAGCUUGGUCAGAACCGGCAGGCCGGGACUGAGUGCGUGGAAAUCAACCUGAACAGGCACAAGGAGCGGGUCUCCGCCGCCGACAACAUAGCAAACACAGUAUCGUAGUUUUUGUGUUGCUCAAACCGUUGUAGAAAGGGGCCGGAAUUCAAAAUCUAAGAGAUGUCUGCCUCUGUUCAAAUGACAAUAUGAUUUUGAUUUUAGAUAAGUGCUGGAAAUGCGUAUUUUUGUAAAUCUCGUGAUCUUUUUUUAGAACUUAGAGAAUUUGAAUUGGACCAGGGUUGGCGGAAAUCUGCCUAGAAAGAUAAAUGCACUCAUUUUCAGCACUGGUGUAGGCUUUAGGGAUCAGUGAAAUUAUUAACACCAUCUGUGUUUCUGACACUUAAAUCGUAAGUGCCCAUUAAGCACAAGUUUUUUGGAACAAGAUUUUCUAGUGGCUCAGUUGAAGGUUGCACCUGUGGUCCACUGUAUGAACAUUCCAAAAUCCAAUCACUUUUACCCAAGUUUUCAUUAUUUUCAUCUACGUCAUCAAUUGACUGAUUGUUCUGUAGAAUAUAGUGCGAGAUGAGCAUUUUAAGGAGUUAGUGAAUUAUAAUGUAAAAAGUGCUCCGUCGCUCCCAGAGCAUAUAUUGUCCCCUGUCCCAAUGAAAUUCUUUCACGCUUUUUGGUGCCAUGAGGGCCAAAUGGCGUGAACUGCGGCUGUUGUCUGAGGGACUGUCCUUAAAUUUAGAUGAUUUUAUCCGUUUGUGAGGAGAACGUUAUUGAGUUAGCGUGUUAAAUCAAUGCCAUUCGUUUUUAGGCAUUAAAAAUCUCUUAUUGCGUGUAAAAUGUACAAUAUAUUAAGGUUUGGAGUUUGGAAGCUGCAAUAAUUUGUACCAUCACUUUAGCUGUAGUUAACAUCUUCACUGAGAGAUGCCAAUAUUUUUUAUUUGCGAUUUGAUCUUUUGAUUUUAUUUAUAAAUUAAAAUCAAUCCAAUCAUUUUAA